CAACGAAUCCACGCAUUCUGAAAGCCAUUCGAUUGUCGGUUAUGAAAAUAAAGAUAAUAUCGGAAAGCUGAUAUAAAAAAGAAAAUCAUAGAAUCACAAGUUGAGAUUAUUGGGGUUUUGUCUGGAAAAGCAAAUAUAAUGAAAUACUCUAUCAUCAUUCUUGUAUCACUGAUAGGAGGUCUGGUGCAUGCUGCAGAUAUUGACCCUAUGUGUCCUUAUCCAUCAGAAGUUGUCACCUUCUUUCCCGACCCAGAGGACUGUUCAAGAUACUACGAAUGUUUCGAAGGAAAAAAAUACCAUAUGAACUGCCCCUCCGGCCUCCAAUGGAAUGACAUUUCCGAUACAUGCGAUUAUCCCUAUGAUGUUGACUGUAAUUCACACACAUUUCCUUCUACCGCUCGAACUACUGCUCCUACAGCUUCAACUGCCAAUCCUACAAGUCAAACUCGUGACCCACGAUGCGCGUAUCCAUCCGAUACAAUUACUUACGAUAUUGACCCAGACAACUGUAAAAUGUUCUACGAAUGCUACCAAGGAUAUAGAUACUGGAUGACAUGUCCUAAUGAUCUAUACUGGAACCACAUAAAAAACUAUUGUGAUGUUCUCCAAAAUGUAGACUGCACACGAGGAAUAUCGACAGAACCAACCGCACCAACCGCACCAACCGCACCAACUGCACCAACUGCACCAACUGCCCCAACUGCACCUACUGAGCCUCCUAAAAUAAGUUGUGAUGGAAUACCCAACAGAUCAUUCAUUUCACAUCCAACCGAUCCGACCAAGUUUUACCAAUGUGUGGACGGAGAACCUACCCUCUACUCUUGUUCAGAGGGAACACGAUGGAACCAAGACAAACAGAGUUGUGUUGGUGGUGACUGAGUGCGUUAUGAAACAAACCUCUUAGGAUUGAUAGUAGUUUAAUAGAAUGGAUGUUCAAUGAAUAAAUAUGUCACAAGAAUUGA